AUGAUAUCAAGGAUAUUGAAAAAAGUCGUUGUUUUUGACGCGUUCCCAAAAGUCGAUGCUGGUUAUCAGGAUAAAAGCCCACAAGGUGGGUUCAUAACAAUAGUGGUGACAAUAUUGUUAUGGUUCUUGAUAAUCAGUGAAUUUCGGGAGUAUUUGAAUUUGAAUCAAAAGUAUCAAUUCUCGGUGGACCAAAAUAUUUAUCAUCAAUUACAAAUAAACGUCGACAUCACUGUAAAUACCCCGUGUAAUCUUAUAACGGUGGAUGUGGUUGACGUGGCCGGGGAAAGAAUUCAUGUGACCGAUAAAUUAAAAGUCGUUCCGACAGUCUUUAAAGUUGGAUCGGCACACCGUCUAGGAGAUGAAACAGUUGAUGUUCGACCAGAUAUUUGGAAGAUGUUAGUUGAGGCCAAAUCAAGAGCGACUUUUUCUGACUCCAAUGAUAACACCAAUGAUAGUGGGCUAAGUGCGUGCAGGGUCUUUGGAUAUUUUGACGUGAACAAGGUCACCGGGAAUUUGCACAUUACAUCGAUUGGUCUUGGAUACGGUGGAUAUUCUCUCCAAAAUCUUCACGCAUUAAAUUUCACCCAUCGAAUUGAUGAGUUCUCAUUUGGGACAUUUUACCCAAGUCUUGUGAAUCCGCUAGAUAAUAGCAUUGAGAUAUCUGAAACAAACAUGGAAACUUUUAAAUAUUUCUUGUCGGUUGUCCCUACCACUUACAUAGACAACAACAACAGAGUAUUGUUGACAAGCCAAUACUCGGUUACAGAAUAUUCCAAGUCAUACGAUGUCUCUAAAGGUCAAUUUGGGAUUCCAGGAAUAUUCUUUAAGUACGACAUAGAACCAAUCUCCGUGCAAAUCACCGAAAAAGGCCCGGGAUUCAUAAAAUUCAUGACUCGAUUGUGCGGGUUGGUAGGAGGAAUAUGGGUGACCAUAGGAUUCUUGGUGAAAUUCUCCAACGGGAUAUGGGAUUUUUUGGAUUAUAUUACAAGAGGUAGAGCGAAUACACAUGAAAUUAACAGUAUACGCGAGAAGAAAGAUGACGUGAAUUUUAAUGGGAGUAUCAAUGGUGAAGGUUUCAAUUUCAAUGGCGUCGUGCAGCAGUCAAUUCCACAGCCACUGCAACAUCCGCAGCCACACCCUCAUCAGCCAUUAGAUGUAAAAUAUAACAUUUCGGGGAUGUACCCUCCUGAGCGUAAAGUUGCUACAGAUUAA